AUGUACGUUGCGGAGCAUGUGUUCGCCGAGCCUCUGAAGGCGCACUGCCCCCACCUAGAGAUCCCGAGUCGGGAUGUGUCGAGCCUGGCGACGACGCAGUCGGAGGGAGGCACCUCCCCCUCUGUGAGCAGCCCGGCAAGCUUCGCGCAGCACCAUGACAAGGUCGGCUGGGGCUCGGGGCAGGGGUGCUUGGGGAGUCUGAGGCUUUCAGCGUGGAUCUGGUGGAUGUGGCCUGCCCGGCAUGCCCCUCUCUGCACAGGUUUGAAGGCCUGCCACCCACACUCAGUGCAUCCCUGCACCCUCUUCCAUCAUUCAGGCAUCUUUGGCCAUGCAGGAGGCCGUGUUGGCGGACACGCAGACAGCCUCUUGGGUCAGCGGCGGGACAGCUGUCCUUGCGCCAGGGUGAGUCCUGGCGUAAUGGAGCCCAGGCAGCCAGGUGCACAUGAGGCACUGAUGAGGGCCCACCCUCCCCAUGACCGUACCUCUCCCCCUCCCGACAUGGUCGCAUGCUGCCGACACCUCCCGUUCCUCCAAUGCCUCCACAGGGACCAGUCAGUGCAUGGCUCACCCAUGCGCCUCGGCCACGUGGACUGCCCCUGCCUGCCUCCCCUGCCCCCCCACCUCACCUCGCGAGGUUUUUUUGGCGAGUCGAGGCGGACCAGCCCCACGACCACCCCCGCCAAGCGGGCACCCCCCGCGCUGUUCAAGGGUCCCCCGCCCGCCAGCAGCACCCUGGUCCCUGCCUGGCGCCCCUUGGACACCCCCCAGAUCCCCCCCCAGAAUGGCCUGCACCUCCUGCUGCGCUGGCGCAAGGGGCCGCCCAGCCACCCCAUCCUGUGCAACGCCUGCGGCACGCGCUGGCUCCGGAACGGCACGCUCAAACCACUGGUGCCCCGACGAGGCCUGCGGUACAAGGCGGUGCGCAGCGGCAGCAGCAAAGGGCUGGGCGCCUCCGCCAGCCAGCAGGACCUGAGCCAGCCGGCCGGCAGCAGCGCGGCAAGGCUUGGGGGCGAGACGGAGCCUGCGCCGCAGCCUCGCCCCGAGUCCUUCUCGCACAGCGCGACGGGGACGCCGGCCCCCCCGACCCCGGCGACGGGGUCCCCGCCACUGGCCCUGCCCCUGCUCCCGCUGGGCCUCCCGGCCUCCCUGCUGGCAACGCUGUGUAAGCGGGGGGACGCGCCGCCCCCUGCGAGAGCCGUCUCGCUGCAGCAUGCGGCGCUGGCGUGA